AGUCAAACAUGGAUCUGUGAGAAUGACACAAUUAAGCGAUUUGCCGUUGACAAUUUCUAUUCUCCACACCACAUACAUGAUGCUCAACUCAACAUUCUCGAUCGAAGAAGCUACCAUUGAAGACAUUAGACUUGCUUUCAAUGAGAAAAGACUGACAUCAAAGCAGCUCGUGGAGUUGUAUCUAGAAGAAAUCUCGAGACUCAAUCCGGUAGUCAACGCAGUCAUCGAGACGAAUCCAGAUGCGUUGACCCAAGCAGAGAUCCUAGACAGAGAACGUGAGCUUAGAGACGACGUCACCACCGAGCUUCCUAUCUUGCACGGUGUUCCGAUUCUCCUCAAGGAUUCCAUCUCUACCAAGGACAAGCUUAACACCACGGCUGGUUCGUUGGCUUUGCUUGGUUCAGUUGUGCCACGAGACGCUGGUGUUGUCAAGAGACUGAGAGAAUCUGGUGCUGUGAUCUUGGGCAAAGCCAGUUUAAGCGAAUGGGCUCAUUUCCGAUCUGAUUCAAUCCCAAGUGGUUGGAGCGCUCGUGGCCUGCAAGGAAAGAAUCCGUACGUUUUAGCAGCGACUCCGUGUGGAUCAAGUAGUGGAUCAGCUAUAUCAGUGGCGGCUAAUCUUGUGGCUGUGUCAAUUGGGACUGAAACUAAUGGUUCCAUUCUCUGUCCUGCGAGUCUUAACUCGGUGGUCGGGAUAAAACCGAGCGUUGGGCUCACGAGCCGAGCCGGGGUGGUUCCUCUCUCCUCGAGACAGGACACUGUUGGGCCGAUAUGUAGGACGGUUUCAGAUGCUGUUCAUCUCCUUGAUGCUAUUGUGGGUUAUGAUCCCUUAGACGAAACCACAAAGACCGCGUCCGAGUUCAUACCCCAAGGCGGUUACAAGCAGUUUCUGACAACUAGUGGCCUCAAGGGUAAGAGAUUAGGGAUUGUAAGGCAGCAUCCUUAUCUUGAGAAUCACAUCGAAACAUUAAGACGAGAAGGUGCGAUAGUAAUUGACAAUCUAUCAAUACCAAACAUCGAAGUGAUUAGGGAUUGGACUGAGAGCGGUGAAAAAAUGGCACUUUUGGCUGAGUUCAAGAUGUCCCUCAAUGCAUAUCUCAAAGAGCUUGUCGAAUCACCAGUCCGGUCCUUAGCAGAUGUUAUUGCCUACAACGAGAACUUUGCUGAACAAGAAAUGGUGAAAGAAUGGGGACAAGAGCUACUCCUUGCAGCAGAAGCCACUAAUGGAAUUGGUGAGAAAGAGAAAGAAGCGUUGCAGAACUUGGAAGAACUUUCGAGCAAUGGAAUCGAGCAGCUAAUGAAAGAAAAAUAUUUAGAUGCAAUAGUGGAGGUUGGUUCAACGUUGAGCUCUGUCCUCGCCAUUGGAGGCUAUCCAGGAAUCAAUGUCCCUGCAGGGUAUGAUAGUGACGGAGUUCCAUUUGGGAUUAGCUUUGGAGGAUUGAGAUUCUCAGAGCCAAAGCUCAUUGAGAUUGCUUAUGGCUUCGAAAAAGCAACUCUCAUUAGGAAGCCACCCAAGUUCGAAGCUUAAAGGCAGUUGUAGUCAUACCAGUUGCUGAUAUGGUAUGGAGACCUUGAUCUUAUGAAGAAUGGUGGCUUGCUUUCGGUUACUUCUUCAUCUUUCCUUUUAUUUCUAUCAACUUGUUUGUUAGAUAAACAUUACCCCAGCUCUGAAUCUUAAAUGUAAUCGUUUGUUUCACAAAAGCUAUAUGUACAUGAAAUUUUCUUACUUCUUUGAAGAAAAAACACAGGAAAAAGUGAAAGAAUGGGGACAAGAUGUGUUCAUUGCAGCAGAAGCCACUAAUGGAAUGGAAAAGUUAAUGAAAGAGCAGAAGUUAGAUGCAAUAGUGGCGCUUGGUUCAACAUUGAGCUCUGUCCUCGCCAUUGGAGGGUAUCCAGGAAUCAAUGUCCCUGCAGGGUAUGAUAGUGAAGCAGUUCCAUUUGGGAUUAACUUUGGAGGAUUGAGAUUCUCAGAGCCAAAGCUCAUUGAGAUUGCUUAUGGCUUCGAACAAGCAACUUUGAUCAGGAAGCCACCCACAGGUAGGCUCUUGUAGACAACAAAGUUGUUGAUUUGGAAACAUAUCUUUGGUAAUUAUUUUCUUUCUUUGUAUUGGUAAAAUGUAUCUGUGUUAUGUUACAUUUCUUUGUGGAAAGGAAAUAAUUUACAGA